AGUGGACGCCAGGGAUCUGAAGGGCAAAGGCAAGGGCUGCUGGAGCCUGCAUCAUGUCGAGUCCGCAGAGGAGCAAGGCUCUGCCCUGGGCACUGUCACUGCUUCUCAUGGGCUUCCAGCUCCUGGUGACCUAUGCCUGGUGUUCUGAAGAGGAAAUGGGUGGGAAUAAUAAAAUAGUCCAGGAUCCUAUGUUCCUCGCCACAGUGGAGUUUGCCUUGAACACUUUCAACGUGCAGAGCAAGGAGGAGCAUGCUUACAGGCUGUUGCGUGUCCUGAGUUCAUGGAAGGAGGAUAGCAUGGACAGAAAGUGGCGAGGUAAGAUGGUGUUCUCCAUGAAUCUGCAACUGCGCCAAACCGUAUGUAGGAAAUUUGAAGAUGACAUUGACAACUGCCCUUUUCAAGAAAGCCUGGAGCUGAACAAUACCUUCAGCUGCUUCUUCACUGUUGAAACCAUGCCCUGGAAGACAUAUUUUGAACUCCUGAACAAGACCUGCUCAGAGGGGCUCUCCUGAGUGGAAGCCACUCACAUGCCUGGCCACAUGCUGCCCCCUCCCCCGUGGACACCAGCUGUUCCCAGGAGUUGACAUAUCAGUGGCUGAGCAGCUCCGUGCAUAUUUGUUCUCUUACUUUGCAAGUGUCUGAGGUGUUAUGACUUGGCAUUUUAGAAAAUCCUCAUUGUUCAGGUUCCUCAUGUAGAAUAGGUCAUUAAACAUCAGCAUUUCCAGAAGCUUCCUGUGCCAUGUUCUGGAGGGAGGGGGCUGAGCAGUUGAUGGAGUUCCUCUCAGAAGGGCAGCCUAUUUGCAUCUGUGUCAGUGGGGUCCUCCCUCCCUUAAGACUUCGUGAGCCAGCUCCAGGUGGCACAACCAAGAUAAGUCUGAGCUGCCGUCUCCAUGCUCAUGGCUGAUGAUGACGUAUGUGGCCAGAGGUAAAAUGUCUGUGAUCUUGCAGGACACCCAAUGUGCACGACUGAGUAAGACAGAGCCUCUGGGUCCCACUCAGCACAUGUGGCCUCUGUUCUCGAGGGGUGGCUCACACACCUUUCCUGGUUCAUGGAAGGUUGGUGGGUAGAGGAAGGACUUCUAGCCUCACCCUUAUAAAGUUGUCCUGGCAUCUGGAGCAGCAGCAUCUUCUGGAAGAAUCUUAGAAAUGUCCAACUUCUUGGCCUCUGACCUUUGGAAAAUGCAUCUGCACUCUUACAAAUCCCCAGGGAUGCAGAAAUCCCCUGAAAAUGCAGGAUUUGCAGGAAUGCACACCUCCAGGGGAAGCAGUGUGAGAUGCACAGGCAGACUAGAUGCUACCAAGACCUUGCCCAAAUCACCUAAACCAGGGUUUGGCAAAAAAAUUUUCUGAAGAAGCCAGAGAGUAACUAUUCUGGCCUUUGUGGGCAGAUGGUCUCUCUCAGCUACUCAGAAUUGCUGUCAUAUCUUGAAAGGAGCAAUAGCCAAUGUGCAAACACAUAAGAGUGGUUGUGUUCCAAUAAGUGUUUAUUUACACAAACAGGCAGUGAGCUGCGUGGCCUCAGUCAAUAGUUACCAGUCUCUGAUGCUAAGAGCUCCUCUGGACCCUGGUGCCCCUGAGACACACCAUGCUACCAGCUCCCACACCAGGCACCUGUAUCUCCCCCAGCUUUGCUCAGGGGUUGAUCUGUGCAAAUGAGCUCCAUCAGCAGAGCAGGUGCACCCUGCAGGUGUGGGAAAGGUCAAAUCUGAGGGUCACAUUCUGUCACUGGAAGUGAGCAGGUAUAUGUCCCAGUCUCCCCAACCUCAGGGCACCCAAUUCAGAGUUGAAUUUCUGCAUUUGCCUCCCAGCAGGAUAUACCCCUAUGGUCCACAGUCUGGCCUCGAGAAAGAAACCAUCACAUCCUCCAGCUAAAAAUUAAAUAAAGUACUCUUUCUGGACAAGACUUAAGUUUCUUCUCCAUGAAGAUGCCUUCAGCAUUUAUCUGUAGUUACUUGUGAACUUCAGAGGGACUAGAAUACCCUGAAGGCAAGUUCUAAAUACCCUAAACCUAAGUUCUUAUUCUCCCUAUCCCCCAGGAAUCUGAACCACUAGGUCUGGGCAGGGCCAGGGAAUUUGCAUGUCUCACCAGCUCUCCUGGGACAGACCUGCUCCAGGUACCCAGGCCACACUUGGAAUGGUGCAGGUUCAGAAGCCAUCAUUGCGGGGUGCAUGCAGACCAAACCACAGGUGAGAAGUAACUCACCUCAAAGGGCAUUGGGAUGAGGCUGAGAAUGGUUUCUUCAUCACACGCUGAAUUGGGGAAGGAGUCAGAACACCAUGCCUGAUUGUAAAGAAAAAGGAGAGUUUCUAGACCCCAGGCAACAGGAUGGUGCCUCUGGAGAAGAGAGAGGCUGCACUGGCCCUGACAGCCUGGCGCUCUGCACUGCAGUUCCUCAGAGCUGGAGCUUAUAUUUAGUCAGUUCCCAUAAUUAAUUGUUUAAAUUUUUCUAAUUUUUUGUAUUAUGAAAAGUGGUAUGAUGAAUGCUUCUUUUAUAUUUAUCGUUGUGUAUAUAUGGUUAUUGCUUUCUUAUAGGCAAUGUGCUCAGAGAUUAAACUAUUGCCCAAUAUUUUUAUUAAAAUUUCUUAAGAAUUUUUAAUAAACAUUGUUACAAUGUCCUCUAUUAAAGCAAGUAAUAGGUCAUUAUCAUGAGGUUGCUUUUGUACCUGGAGCUCUUUCAUAAGCAAACCAAAACUUAACUUGGAGGCAUUUCUCAUGGCUGACUUACAAAUUAAAAUCUAGCAUCAAUCAAUCACAAACAGGCAGCCAGUUAGUUAUAUAACUAGGGACCUCUGAUCACAAGAUACCCAAAUAAGGCAAACACCUAGGACCAGGAACAUCACCAUUCCCUGUGUGCUGCUUAGAAAUGCGAUUUUCCUGGCCCCACUCACACCUACUUGGCCAGUGUCUUGGAAAGUGG